AUGUUGAAACAACUUUCAGUGAACAUACCGUUGGUGGAAGCCCUGGAGCAGAUGCAAGGAUAUGCCAAGUUCAUGAAAGACUUGGUUACAAAGAAGAAAGCUGUAAGUAUUGAUUUGACUAACGAUGUCCAUCAUUGCAGCGCCAUUGCUACCAUAUCUUUGGUUCAGAAGAAGGAAGAUCCAGGUGCAUUUACUAUACUAUGCACCAUUGGAUUAAUCAUAUUUGCAAAGUCCUUGCAUGAUCUAGGAGCCAGUAUCAACUUGAUGCCUUUGGCCAUCUACAAGCAAUUAGGGUUAGGAAUUCCAAGACCCACAUCAAAGAAGUUAAUGAUUGCAGAUAGACUUUCUGAUCUGGAUUGCGAAGUAGAUUUUGAGGUUCCCAUUAUUUUGGGAAGACCAUUUUUUGCCACAGGACGAGCAUUGCCACAUGACAUGAAUGUAGUGUUUGUAGUAGAGGUUGUUAAUAAAGAAGAAAUGAGAGUACCCACAGAAGAGAGGAUGGAUGUUGAAACCGUAGCUGCAGUGCUGAUGAACUUUAAAGCUGAUUUCUGGUCUGACUAUGUAGAGACUGUGAAUGCUUUGCAGGGAAUUGAACAGUUACCCAGUCACCUGAGGUAUGUACUUUUGGGAGCUAACAACACUUUACCUGUGAUUUUGGCUACAGAUUUGAAUGAUGAACAGGUUCAGGCUGUGAUCAAGGUAUUGAUAAGGUACAAAAGGUCCAUUGAGUGGACCAUUGAGGAUAUCAUCGAGAUACCUCCAGGAAUAUGCACCCAUAAGAUUCAACUCGAUGAGGACUGCAUCCCAAGCAUUAACACCAGUGGAGGUUAA